AAGCGUCUUCCAAUGCCUGAUUCGCCUUCUGCAAUGUCAAACCGAAAGUGUUCUGUUCUCGUUGGACUUCUGGUUGGGCUGCUCCUGGCGAGCAGCUCAGCGUUGGCGCUGGAGAAAUGUGUUUACUGUCGCGGCAUCAACUGCCAGAGAAGCAGCUACCAGGCGGAGGAGCAGUGCUCCGAUCGACUGGACGCCUGUGCGAGCGUCUUUGAGGGUGGCAUAGUCCAGGCCCAGGGCUGUCUGGAGGGUCUCGAGGAUAGCUGGAGGGAACAGUGUGUGGGCCCCUCGAAGGGAGUCGAUUGUGAAAUCUGUGCGUCCGACAAGUGCAACACUCUGGCAUCUGAGAGAGCCGCCUGUCUUCAGUGUGCGGAGAGUGAGGAUGAGCAAUGUGUAGAUGCCCCUCAGGUGCUUACACCCCAACGCUGUCCCAUCGCGCGAACCGGUAGAAGUUUUUGCUUUUCGAAAUUGGUCGAUGAGCGCCUGGAACGGGGCUGUUCUUUAAGCCUUUCGGAUCAGCUGGAUUGCCUGUCCAAUGGCAGCUGCCAGCUGUGCGAUCCUCGCGAGCGACCACAUUGCAACGAUGAAAUAAUCGACUUUGAGUCAGCUCCGGCCACCACAACAGAAUCUACUUCCACAACGAGUACACCAACAACACAAUCCACAGCAACGCCAAGCACCGCUUCACCACAGACAACGCCAAGCACCGCUUCGCCACAGACAACACCAAGCACACAAGAACCAACAACAACUUCGCCAGAGGCCACAAGCGCAACACCCACAGCACCACCAACGACAGCAAAACCCAAUUCUGCUUACAGUUUGCACUCCUCCACCAUAGUCAUGAUCAUAGUCCCAUUGGCUGUAUUUGUUUACACCCUUCAUAAAUAAUACCAAAAUUCGUUUAUGCUUUUAGCUUUAAUUCCCACGGCCUUCUCCUUAACCUAAUCUACUUAUUGUAUUGUUAAACUAAUUUUUAUGGCAUCCAAUAAAUUGUGUCCGCAAUCUAAACAGAAAUUGGGCAUGGCUUGUAUAUGACUUUAUAGAGCCAACUACCCAAAGUUCGUUGUUGGCUGUUCGUUUGUGUAAUAUUUGGAAUCUAUUUUGGUUUAAGAUUACCCCCAAAGUUAUGACGUUAAAUCUGUUAUUCAAUUCGAUAGGGAAAAUAUAUUAUUAUGGUACUACAUACUUA